AUGCAGAACACCGCUAUUCACAGCAUCUCAAGCUCGAUGGGAGCUUGUUUCGAAGGGAUCGAUAUCGAUUCGCGGUUGACACCUCUGCCAGGGAUCGAUGUCGAUUGGCGGUUAACUCCUCUGCCAGUGAUCGAUAUGAUCCCUGGAAAAGCUUUGAUCCACGAGUGGGUUCUUAGAUACUCUGAGGGUGCCAUCGUCUCAGUCGAGUAA